CUACUUGGCGGCAAUAUUUGUCAACCAUAGUUUUCGAUUUUCUUUUCUCUCUCUCUCUCUUUUCAUUCUCUUUCCAUUGCCAUCGAAGCAACUUUUUCCUUUUCUCUUACACUCUCACUUUCACUCUCUGCACAAAGAUUUUUAGAUUCCACUGCAUUUGCUAAGGAAUUUGAGUUAGAUUAUGGCUAGUGAUUCAUUUGUAACCGUCAAUGGAAAUGGAAAUGGCAAUGAGAUCUCACAGCCGAAUCCGCGGAGGACUUACCAAGCAGUAGUCAUUGCAACCCGAGAUAUGGGAAUUUCUAAGGAUGGAGAAUUACCCUGGACAUUGCCUACUGAUCAAAAGUUUUUUGAGGACAUCACAACGAUAACAUCAGAUCCCGGGAAGAAGAAUGCUGUUGUCAUGGGUAGAAAAUCAUUUGAGGCUAUCCCUCCUGAGAAAAGACCUCUCAGUGGUCGUCUUAAUGUUGUUCUUACUCGCUCCGGUUGUUUCGAUAUUGCAAGUGCAGAUAAUGUUCUUUUAUGUGGAAGUGUGUCUUCUGCUAUGGAACUCUUGGCUGCUUCUCCUUAUAACCUGUCAAUUGAGAAAGUAUUUCUUACUGGAGGUGGUGAGAUAUUUAGCUGAUGAUUUUCAUGACAGAGAUGCUCUUCAUGGACCUGGAUGUGAAGCCAUCCAUAUUACAGAAAUUGAAGCAAGCAUUGAAUGUGACACUUUUAUGCCUCGAAUCGAUUUCUCUGUAUUUCAUCCGUGGUACUCGUCUUUCCCUUUGGUGGAAAAUGGCCUCCGCUACUCUUUUACCACUUAUGUACGUGUAAGGUGUUCAGCAGAAGAAUCCAAAGAUCUCAAUACUGAUACAAUUCUGUAUGAUAAUUUAGACUCUCUAAAAUUUGAGGUCAAGAAAUUUUCUUUUCUUCCUAAGAUUAUUUUUGAGAGACAUGAGGAGUACAAGUAUCUUAGAUUAGUUGAAGAAAUCAUUUCUGAAGGUACAGCUAAGGAUGAUAGGACGGGAACUGGUACCUUGUCAAAAUUUGGUUCCCAGAUGCGUUUUAAUCUCCGUAGAAACUUUCCACUUUUAACAACUAAGAAAGUAUUUUGGCGAGGGGUUGUUGAAGAGCUUCUUUGGUUUAUCAGUGGCUCAACAAGUGCCAAGGUGCUACAGGAAAAAGGCAUUCAUAUAUGGGAUGGGAAUGCGUCUAGAGAAUACCUUGAUAGCAUUGGUUUGAAAGAAAGGGAGGAGGGUGACUUAGGACCUGUUUAUGGGUUUCAGUGGAGGCACUUUGGUGCAAGGUAUACUAACAUGCAUGAUGACUACUCUGGCCAAGGAUUCGAUCAGCUUUUAGAUGUUAUUAAUAAGAUAAAGCAUAAUCCUGAUGAUCGACGCAUCAUCCUCUCAGCAUGGAAUCCAUCUGAUCUUAAAUUAAUGGCACUUCCGCCCUGCCACAUGUUUGCGCAGUUCUAUGUGGCAAAUGGGGAGUUAUCAUGUCAAAUGUAUCAACGAUCUGCCGACAUGGGCCUGGGCGUGCCAUUUAAUAUUGCAUCUUAUGCGCUCUUGACAUGCAUGAUUGCUCAUGUUUGUGACCUUGUUCCAGGUGAUUUUAUUCAUGUUAUUGGGGAUGCACAUGUUUACCGCAAUCAUGUGAGGCCUUUGCAGGAACAGCUCCAAAACCUGCCAAAACCUUUUCCGAUUUUGAAGAUAAAUCCAGAGAAGAAAGAUAUAGAUUCUUUUGUGGCUACUGAUUUCAAGCUCAUAGGCUAUGAUCCUCACCAGAAGAUAGAAAUGAAGAUGGCUGUUUAGGAACCUAUGAGAUUCUCAGUCCCUUCUUCAGCCUGUUGUGCUUUUUGAAACAUGGCAAGUAAUACAAUGUCUUAUUUUUCCAUGAUUUAUUGUAAAAGAGAUUUAUAUAAUGUGAUUGAGACUUGUCACUGCGCAGUUGGGAAAACCACAAAAUAGAUAUUUAGGAUUUAUUUUGAAUAACUUUCGACUUAGUUGGUAAUGUAAGAUCUAGAUUUUCAAAAUUUGAGUACUUUCCUCAAUCUAAAGCACAUAAAUUAUUGAUUCUUCCUUUUAA